UCUAUCUCUUAUUCAUCUCUCAGUUUCUGGUUUCUCAGAUGCUAGGUGGAUUCGGAGGAAAGUCAUCUGCCGGAGGCCGUAAAAGCCUCAGAGUCGCCGUCGCUGGCGACAAAGGAACCGGCAAAUCCAGCCUGAUCUCGGCCGUCGCCUCUGAAACCUUCCCGGAUAACGUCCCGCGCGUCCUUCCUCCGACUACUCUCCCCGCCGACGCUUACCCUGACCAUAUACCUAUCACCAUCAUCGAUACUCCCUCAAGCAUUGACAAUAGGAUAAAGCUCAUUGAAGAAUUCAGGAAAGCUGAUGUGGUGAUUCUGACAUAUGCUUGUGAUCAGCCUGCAACGCUUGAUCGCUUGAGUUCUUAUUGGCUCCCUGAGCUCCGGCGGCUAGAGAUCAAAGCACCAGUGAUAGUGGUGGGCUGCAAGCUUGAUUUACGAGAUGAACGCUCUCCCGCGAACCUAGAAGAUAUAAUGGCACCAAUCAUGAAGGAGUACAGAGAGAUAGAAACCUGUAUAGAGUGUUCUGCAUUGACUCUUAUUCAGGCCCCUGAUGUUUUCUAUUAUGCAUCAAAAGCGGUCCUUCAUCCAACAUUUCCGUUGUUUGAUCAAGAAAAACAAUGUUUGAAACCUCGCCUCCGCAGGGCAGUACAAAGAAUAUUCAACCUUUGUGAUCAUGAUUUGGAUGGUGCCCUUAAUGACGCGGAGUUGAAUGAUUUCCAGGUAAAUUGUUUUGGUGCCCCACUUGACCCUGUUGAACUUAUGGGAGUGAAGAGAGUGGUACAAGAAAGGCAACCAGAUGGAGUCUCUGAUCUUGGUCUUACACUUCCGGGCUUCCUUUUUCUUUUUUCUCUUUUCAUUGAGAGAGGUCGCCCUGAGACAGCCUGGGCUAUCCUACGGAAAUGUGGUUACAAUGAUUCUUUAGAACUCAGCACAGAGUUACUACCCGUUCCAGCAAAGAAUUCUCCUGAUCAGAGCAUCGAGCUAACAAACGAAGCUAUGGAAUUUCUGAGUGGAAUUUUCCAGUUAUAUGACCUUGAUAAUGAUGGAGCCUUACGGCCAGCUGAGCUAGAUGAUUUGUUUCAAACAGCUCCAGAUAGUCCUUGGGUUGAGGGUCCUUACAAAGAUGCUGCAGAGAAAACGCCAGGCGGAAAUUUGACAGUCAAUGGGUUUCUGUCUGAGUGGGCUCUAAUGACUCUACUAGAUCCUAGAAAAACAUUGGCAAACCUGAUAUAUAUCGGUUAUGGUCACGAGCCAUCUUCAACAUUUUCUGUUACUAGGAAAAGAUCAGUGGAUCGUAAGAAGCAGCGAACAGAAAGGAAUGUAUUUCAGUGCUUUGUAUUUGGCCCUAAAAAAUCUGGAAAGUCUGCACUCCUCGAUUCUUUCUUAGGAAGGAAAUUUUCGGACAGCUAUAAGGCAACAAUGGGUGAACGAUAUGCAGCAAAUGUCAUUGAUCAGCCUGGGGGUUGUAAGAAAACCCUCGUAUUGCGGGAGAUACCAGCAGACAGAGUUAAAAAGUUUCUGGCGAAUAAGGAAACGUUGGCAGCAUGUGAUGUUGCUGUGGUCGUCUAUGACAGUUCGGAUGUAUACUCAUGGAAAAAAGCGAGGGAAAUAUUGAUGGAGGUAGCAAGGAAGGGUGAAGAGAGCGGUUAUGGGACCCCAUGUCUCCUUGUUGCAGCGAAAGAUGAUUUGGAUGCAUAUCCAAUGUCGGUGCAAGAGUCUGAUAGGGUUUGCAUGGAAUUGGGAAUAGACGUGCCAGUGUCGAUAAGCAUGAAACUUGGGGAGACAAAUAGUCUCUUCUCAAGAAUCGUGAGUACAGCAGAGAACCCUCACAUGAGCGUUCCAGAGACAGAGUCGGGAAGAAGAAGCAAGAAUAUCCGUCAACUCGUGAAUAGCUCACUUGUGUUUGUCUCAGUGGGUACAGCAAUUGGGUUUGCCGGUUUGGCAGCGUACCGUGCUUAUUCCGCAAGGAAGAAUGCUUGAAGAUUUAUUUGCCUCCAAACACAUAUUAUUGUUAUUAUAUCUCUGCUUUGCUUCUUUUUUUUGUGUGUAUAUAAUAAAACAUCGGACAAGAUGGCUUCUCCGUUUCCUUGACCCCAUUAAUUUUGAAGUUAUUUCAGAUACCAAACAGUAUUCUUCUACUCUGAAGCAUU